AAUGACAGACCAGCUCUUUCGAACUCCCUGGUGUUAGAGAGAGAGAAGCACAAAUCCUCUGAUUCAACAACGUGUCUGUUUCAGUUGGCUUUUGCUCAUAUUUAGUGUGUCUUGCCCUCUUUUCCUCUUGCCCCAAAUUCAAAGCCCUUCAAUUUUAAUUGAGUAAAGUGAAAGUGGAAUGGCAACAUCAGUGGAGAAGGAGGAGGUUGUGUCCUUAGAGUUACCAGCUCCUUCUGGUUGGAUUAAGAAGUUUGUUCCCAAGCAGAGUGGAACUCCCAAGAAGAACGAGAUCAUAUUUACGGCUCCAACUGGAGAGGAGAUCUCCAACAAGAGACAGCUGGAACAAUACCUGAAGGCACACCCUGGGGGCCCUGCAGUGUUAGAGUUUGAUUGGGGCACUGGUGAGACCCCAAGGAGAUCAGCUAGGAUUAGUGAGAAGGUCAAGGCAACUCCAUCACCAGAAAGUUAUCCCCAGAAGAAGCGAAGCAGAAAAACAUCUAAGAAGGAUAGCAAGGAAAAGGAAGCUGCUCAAGAAACUGAGGAGACAAAAGCUAAUGACGUGCAAGAUUCUGGUAAGGCUGUGAAGGAUAAUGAUACUGAGAUGGAAAAGGCUGAUGUGAAGGAAAAUCAAGAUGGGGAUAAAGUACAAGAUGCAGAUACCAAGACAGAAGUAGCUCCUCCGGAAGAACCUAAAGUUGAGAAUGAACCCAAAAUACCCAAUGAAGCUGAAGGGGACAAGAAAACUACUGAGGUUGAUGUAGGAACCAUUGGUGGGAAGGACGUUGAGGGUUCUGGUUCUGGAGAACUAGAAGGAAAUCCAGAAGAAAAGAUCAAGCAACCACCAUCUGAGACACAGGAAAAGGAAGUGACUGGGGAUCAGGGUGAAGCAGACAUAGCUGCCACAAACAAGGUCGAACAUGAAGGAGAAGGAGAGGAAAAAGGAAAACAGAACGAAAGUGAAAUUAAGGAGAAAGAAGCAGUGCAAGGGAAGGAUGAGGAACACAAGAGUUCAGGUGUUCACGAGUUGGGCAAGAAGAUUGAAGCAGGAGCGACUAAAAAUGGCAGCAACGGCAAUGAGGCUGUGAAGGUUUAGCUUUGCCGGCUCACUAAAUCCAAAUUCUCUACCAUCAUUCUGACUCCCCCCCCCACAUUUCUCUGAAUAUCUGUAAUGUCAGUGUUUUUAAUUUUAGCUAUCUGAUUGUUCAUUGAAACAUCCGACAAUAGAUCAGUAGAUUAGGCUGUACCAUGUACCCUCCUUUGUUAUGUAUUAGAAAGAAUGUAUCAUCUUUUGUUGUGUACUAGAGGUGUAGUUGGCAGGGACCUCUUUAACAUUAUGUGUAAAAUACUGGUGAUGUAAUACUGUUAUGCAGUGAUAUUAAUAAGUCGGUUGAAUUCUCAA